AUGAGCACAGAUGCCAUGGAGCUGUUCAGAAGCCUGUUGCUGUGCCUGCUGGCGAUCGGUUGGCUGUCGGAGGUGGCGCCAUCGACGCAUCACAGACACCAUCGGGAGUACGAGGACGAUGAGGAUCAGCACUAUCUGCCGCCGGAGGAGCACGCACUGAAGCCCUUUUUCCGCAAGGACAAGCACACCAGCGAGCACGUGGUCUACCACAAAGGCGACGAGCAUCACGAGCCCAAACGCAUCGAUCAUUACCAUCACUACGACAAGCAGCCCGCGCUGAAGACCAAGCACAUACACUACCAGCAGGUCGCACCACAGCUGCGCACCGCUGAGAUCUUGACUUCGGCUCCUUCCCAGAUUGUCACGCGACGUCGGCGUCCCAAUCGCGUGCUCUAUGCGAGUGCGCCGAAUUCCGUGUUCCACACACAGAUCAAUGUGCAGUCCCAGGACUCCGAGCUGAGCUCACAGAUCCGAACAGAUCCAGUUGUGCCAGGUGCCCAACUGCCUGCCAAUGCAGGCGCCCAGCUGCCCGUCACGGCUUUGCCCAACUGCCAGUCGCCAGUUGCUGGCAAUCCGCCCAUUGGCUGCCGCGUGGUUGAUCCAGCUGGCGCUCAGUUGGGCGCCGAUGCUCUCCCAAUUGGCGGCCAGUUGCCCGCCAAUGGUGGACUGCCAAUUGGCGGCCAGUUGCCCGCCAAUGGUGGACUGCCAGCUGGUGGCCAGUUGCCCGCCAAUGCUGGACUGCCAGCUGGUGGACAAUUCCCAGCCAAUGCUGGACUGCCAGCUGGUGGCGGACAAUUGCCCGCCCUUGGCCUGGCAGCGGGCGGCAAUGGGCCCAACAAUCUGGGCAACGGCAACAAUCUCUUUAUAGAUCCCUCGCAGGGCGCUCAGCUGGCAGCUGGCAAUCAAAAUGGCGGCGCCUUGCAAGGAUUUGGCAAUCAGAAUCUGUUCAUACCGGCAGUUGGAGGUCAGCUGGCUGUUGGCGGACAGGCUCCAUUGGUAAGGGGGCAGGUUGGAGGGGUUGUUCAGCGACCCGGCUCUGUGCUGAUCCAAAUUGAUCCAGCAUUUGGCGGCCAACUGCCCGCCGCGGCUCAGCCUGCAGGCAACGGCAAUGCAAAUCAAUUUGGUCCAUUUUUGGGCGAACAGCUUGGCGCUGGACAGGCGCCAGCUGGUCCAAAUGGAGCUCCUGCUGGAGGACAGGCGCCAGCUGGUCCAAAUGGAGCUCCUGCUGGAGGACAGGCGCCAGCUGUGGGCAAUGCGAAUCCCGUUUUGGGCGGCCAGCUGGCAGCAGGAGCACAGCCCUUCGAUCCAGCACUCGGUGGCCAGCUGCCCGCCUCGGCUCAAGCAGCAGGAAAUGGCAAUCCAAAUCAGGCUGCAGCUGUGGCACGCUUCAAUGGUCGCCGGCGCAGUGGACGUCAACGCAGUCGCUCCAACUACCAAGGCCUCAAUGUGGUGCGGGGCAAUGUGUUUGGCCAGCCAGCUCUGCAGGGACCCACAAAUGCAGUGGGCAAUCAGCAGGACACAAACAUCAUCGAUGGCAACUUCUAUUCUAGCUAUCCGGCGUAUCAAAGUCGUCUAAUCAGGGUGAAUGGCAAUCAGCGCAGCGUGUUCCUAGCCGAUGGCGACUAUUACGACGAUGACGAGGCCACAGACAUUGGCAUUGCAGCCAGCUCGCCCGAGCUGAGCUACGCAGCGCCCGAGCAUAGACGAUCUCGCCAGAAGGGCAGCCAGGGCAGCCAGAGCAGCGCCAGCUUGGACCACGAAACGGCUGCCUCGGAGUAUCGCGAGGAUGGCUAUCACUACCGGAAUCCCAGGCACACCAAAUGA